CCUUGCCCAGGUAUAAAUACCAGGGUUUCACCAACAGGCAGAGUGUGUCAGUCACCAGUUGGAAACAGCUCAGACAACCAAAACCGCCAAGAUGAAUGGCAAGAUCGUCUUUUACGAGGACAGGAACUUCAUGGGCCGUUCCUGGGAGUGCAAUGGAGACUGUUCCGAUAUGUCCUCCUACAUGGGUCGCUGCCACUCCUUCAGGGUGAUGAGCGGCUGCUGGAUGUUCUACGAUAAGUGCAACUACAUGGGACAUCAUUAUUUCUUCAGGAGGGGCGAGUAUUCUGACUACAUGAGCAUGUGGGGAUGUAACAACUGCGUCAGGUCUUGUCGCAUGAUUCCCUGGUACAGUGGAUCCUACAGAAUGAGGGUCUACGAGAGGGAUAACUACAUGGGCCAGAUGAUGGAGAUGACCGACGACUGCGACAACUUCAUGACCCGCUACAACUGGUCCCAUGGAUGUCAGUCCUGCCACGUGAUGGACGGCCACUGGCUCUUCUAUGAGCAGCCCAACUACAUGGGCAGGAUGUGGUACUUUGGACCCGGACACUACAGGAGCUUCAGGGACUGGGGCAACAUGAGGUUCAUGAGUAUGAGGCGCAUUAUGAGCAACUGGUACUAAGAAAUCAAUAUUAAAUAUAAAGAAGUGUUCAAUAAAAAUGUGCAGUGAGGUGAAA